AUGGACAUUCCAUUUUUUGAUGGAAAACUACACAUAGAGGAUUUUCUAGAUUGGGAACAUGCCGUGGAGACGUUCUUUGAAUAUAUGGAUAUUCCCCAAGACAAGCAAGUAAAAUACGUAGCGUGCCGAUUAAGAUGUGGUGCGAGUGCGUGGUGGCAGCAGUUGUUACAAGCUCGGCACCGGGAAGGAAAAGGCAAUGUCCGAAGUUGGACAAGGAUGAAGCAACUCUUGCGGAGCCAUUAUUUACCCACAGAUUAUGAUCAAAUACUGUAUAUGAAAUUUCAGCAUUGUAUGCAAGGACAGCGGAGUGUGAGCGAGUACACCGAGGAGUUUUACCGCCUCAGUGCUCGCAAUAAUCUGAACGAAACUGCUAAUCAAAUAGUUGCUCGCUACAUCUGCGGACUGAAAGAAGCUAUUCAGGACAAAUUGGAAUUGAAUUCGGUGUGGUCACUGUCGCAAGCGGUCAAUUUCACACUGAAAGCUGAAAUGCAGCUCAACCGACCAGCUCGCCCCAUGCCAUCCUGUCGUCACUUCAAUGACUUCGCCACUACAGACAAUCGGGAGCAAGUGCCUAAUCUAAGCAGCAGCUCAAAAUCUAUUUCCAAGACUUCAACAGUGACCAACCCGGCUCCACAAGCUGCUGAAAACAAAGCUGCCAAUCGGAUGAAGGCUCCAGCCAAGGACAAUCCUUAUAGCAGACCAACCACAUUGAAAUGUUCCAGGUGCUUCCAGCCAGGACAUAAGUCCAAUGAGUGCCUGAAUCGACAACAAUUGCAGCUUCUUGAGGGGGAGUCGGAGCUACUUAACCCGUCAGCAGAAGUUGAAGAUGAAGAAGAAUAUGAGGAAAUACCUGGAGAUGACGGGGAGCCUGUCGUGUGUGUUCUCCAAAAGUUACUGUUCGCACCGACUCAACACAACAAGUCCCAACGCAAUGCUAUUUUCAGGACCAAAUGCACUAUAAAAGGGAAGGUAUGUGAUCUUUUAAUUGACAAUGGCUGUACCGAAAAUAUUAUUUCGAGGGCAGUGGUGAAUGCUUUGCAGCUUAAGACUACUAAAAACCCAAAUCCUUAUAGGAUUAGCUGGGUUAAGAAAGGCAUGGACAUUCAAGUGUCUGAUAUGUGCAGGGUGAAUUUUUCAAUUGGGAAGCAUUAUAAUAGUGAAAUACUAUGUGAUGUCCUUGAUAUGGACGUGUGCCACUUAAUCCUGGGCAGGCCAUGGCUAUUUGAUACUGGUGUUGUAUACGACGGGCGAUCUAAUGCUUAUUCAUUUGAAUGGAAAGGACGUAAAUUACGGUUAUUACCGACGACACAGCGCUCAGCCGAUGAAGAUGUUGAACGAUGUCCUGCUCUUUGCAUUGUUUCUGGCAAUACCUUAUUAAAGGCUGGUAGGGAGUUGAAGUCAGUAUUUGCAGUUUUAAUUGCUGAAGAAAAUCGGGAGAUCAAACCGGUCAACACCCCACCGGAAUUGGCACAGUUGCUGUAUGAAUUUUCAGAUAUAGUCACAGCAAGCCUACCCUCUGAAUUACCACCCAUGCGGUCUGUACAGCACCAAAUAGAUCUAGUUCCCGGGGCGUCACUACCAAAUUUACCACACUAUAAAAUGACCCCAACAGAACACUUUCAGCUUCAGAAAAUUGUAGAUGAGCUGUUAGACAAAUAG